GUCAGUUUUCAUGACUCUUUCUUUCUUGACCAAGUCCGUGUGUGCUCAGUAUGAUGUCUGAGUAAUUAUAAUUUAUAUUCCUUAUAAAGUUACUAUAACAUUGAGUUGUCUACAGCAUAGUUUCUUGAAAUUGACGUGAGAAGUUAAACACUGGUGGAAAGGACGUCUAGUACAAAAUCAUCAUAGUUUUAAUGGAUUUGAGGAACAACAUUUUGGCUCCUGGUUUCCAUUCAUCAUGUGUUUUACUAAUGUUAUUUUGCCAUCUCUGCCGGUAUUCUCAUUCACAAAAAGAGUUUCGAGUAGGAGUAAUUGUUGACAUGGGAUCUUGGAAUGGAAAGAUAGUUGACAGAUGCAUUACGAUGGCAACUUCUGAUUUCUACAACCUAAAUGCUCACUACAAAACUAGGAUCAUUCCCCAAACCACGGAUUCAAAGGGAGAUCCGCUGCAAGCUCUGGAAGCAGCUCAAGGUCUAGUGGUAAAGAAUGUAAAAGCCAUGAUUGUUGGUCCAGAGAUGUCUCUUGAUGAAAAGCUGUUGGCCUUGAUUUCUGACGAAGCUAAAGUCCCCAUCUUUUCUUUAAGUGGGAGUGCGUCGUUUGAUGAAUAUCCUUAUUUUCUUCAACUAUCAAAUGGUGAAGCUCUGCAAUUUGAAGCCACUGCGACCCUUGCAGAAUCAUUUCAAUGGAAGAAUGUCAUCUUCAUAUGUGAAGAUUCAGAAUUUAAGUCAGGGGUGGUUUCUCAUCUGUUUGAAUCCUUCCAAGAGAAAAAUAUCCAGAUCGAUUACAUAAGUUCACUUUCACCCACAAUUAGCGAUGAUGGAAUCCUUGCAGAACUGCAUAAGCUUAUGGGUAUGGAAACAACAAUAUUUGUGUUGCAUAUGAAACCUUCUUUUGCAUCUCGCCUCUUCUUAAGUGUGAAAACUUUAGGAAUGAUGAGUCAAGGAUAUGCUUGGAUUUUCACUGAUAAAACAAGGAAUCACUUGCACUCUAUGAAUCCCGAGGAACUGAUGCAAUCAAUAGAAGGGGCAUUGGCUUUAAAGCCAUAUGUUCCAGCAUCAAUCAAGCUACAAAAUUUCACAUCAAGAUGGAGGAAAGAAUUUCAUGACCAAGAACCUUUAUGAGCACGAAGGAGUUAAGUGCUUAUGGAUUGUGGGCAUAUGAUGCUGUCUGGGCACUUGCAAAGGCAGUUGAAGGGGUGGAUACUCAGAUAGAUUUAAAAUCAAUUGAAGGACAGAGCUCAGAAUCAACAUCUGCAGACUCCGAGGUCUCUCAUACUGGCAAAAUACUUCUAGAUGAAUUAGUAAAAACAAGAAUCAAGGGAUUAAGCGGUGACUUCAAGACUGUGAACAGGACAGUUCCAAUCUUACAGGCAUUUGAAAUAGUGAACGUGAUAAGAGAAGGCGAAAGAAGAGUAGGCUUUUGGGCUAAGGGUGUCGGCAUUACUAGAGAUAUAAUGCAUCCAGCCUCAUCAAAUAACGAUCUUAAAGUAAUAAUUUGGCCAGGAGGGUCCAUAGUGACUCCGAGAGGAAUGCAUAUAAAAAAAUUAAGAGUCGGCAUUCCCCACAACACAGCUUUCAAGGAAUUUAUAAGCCAGGAAAAUGAUCCUCAGACAUCUAUGAUAAGACCCAUUGGGUUUUGUGUAGAUGUAUUUCAAGCUGCUUUGGAGCUGCUACCUUAUAAUGUGAUGUACGAAUUCAUCCCAUCUGCAAAUGUCACGGGAGAAACGGAAGGCACUUAUAAUGAUCUUUUAUAUCAAAUUUAUCUUCAGAGAAUUGAUGCUGCUGUGGGGGAUAUAAGUAUCACGGCAGAAAGAUCACUAUACGUUGACUUUACAACUCCAUACACAGAUAUAGGCGUUGGAACAAUUGUCAAAAUAAAAACGAACAAGGACAUGUGGAUCUUCACAAAACCAAUUGGCGCAGAUCUCUGUCUUAUGACUGCUGUUUUCUUUAUACUUACUGCACUUCUCAUUUGGGUUAUCGAGAAACCUAUAAAUAAGGACUUCCAAGGUUCACCAUCCGAGCAACUAGGAACAAUCUUCUUCUCAACUCUAUUUUUUAGCAGCAGUGAAAAGUUGUCAAGUAAUUUGUCAAGGUUUGUGAUCCUGAUAUGGGCACUUCUGGUUCUUAUCUUGACUUCAAGUUACACUGCAACACUGGCUUCAAUGCUGACAGUUCAACAGAUUGGAUUAGCAUCAAAUGCUAUUGUAGGGUAUCGGACAAGUUCCUUUGUGGAAAGAAAUACAGUCAGUAACAUAAAUUACAAGGACUAUAGGCUUCGUCCAUAUUCUUCAGCUGAACAAUACGCUGAUGCUUUGUCCAAGGGAAGUAAGAAUGGUGGUAUCGAUGGUAUACUUGAUGAAAUACCAUAUAUUCAAGCCUUCCUUUCAAAGUAUUCUGCGGACUAUACCAUGGUCGAUUCUGCAUCUAGCACUAAUGGUUUUGGCUUCGCCUUUCCGAAAGGUUCUUCACUGGUGCAUGAUAUAUCCAGAGCAAUUGCCAAUUUAAGAGAAGAUGGAAGACUUGAAAUGCUGCAGAAAGAAUGGUAUAACAAACCACGAUCUCUAGUGAGCCAAGAGACACUGGCUAAGCCUCAAGUUCUGAAAAUUGAUAGAUUUGGUGGUUUAUUUCUUGUUACUGGUGUUUCUUUAGGUUUAGCCCUUAUUGUUAUUAUAUAUUAUUUCAUUCGCAAAAAAUUGAAUGUCAACAAUUACAUAUUUGAGAAGUUAGCUAAUGGCAAUCUGGCUAUCCUGAUGGCGCGCCUCUCCAGGUAAUGAAUGAGAGGUAGGCAUAUGUAAUUGCAUAAGAUAUGUACAUCUUAGUCGUGCUUCAGGAGCCUUUUAUGGUUCUCCAGUGUAUGAGUGAGAAGGACAUGCUAAACAUUCCCAGUUUUUUCUUCCUGUCAUAUAAAGAAACAAUAU